AUGUCGAGCCGGCCAGCACCACCAGCUGGAGCCGGGGCCCCAUCAUCCUCAUCAGCCCAAGCCCCCUUGGCUCGCAUGACGGAUGCAACCGCUGGACCUGGACCUGGACCAGCAUCCACCAAGCUAGCCGCUCUCUCCAUCGACUCUUACCAUCUCGACUCGCCGCCUUUCACAGGCACUGCCGUCGGUGGGCCUCCCCUGGCAGAAGCUGGUGCGAAAUUAGCAGCAUCACGAAAUACCGAGACACCAAAGGAAUUGGCACAACAGCGAGUUGGCGUCAAUGGACAGAUCACUAGCGCAUCGCCUUUGUCUAACGAAAUUGCCAGCACUUCCUCAGAUAGCGCAGCGUCGAGCGGCGGGCACGAAGAUGAAGGCCAAGGGCACGAUGGCGAUGUGCCUCAAUGGUUGCUAGACAGUCGUCGACACUCCGUCGAAGCGGGCGACUCCUCUCAAUCAGCAAACGCGAGUCCAUUGACCAUUCGACCCACUUUUCCUUAUCAUUCCGCAUCUCGAGCGUUUCAACCUAGCACAUCCACAGUCAGGGAAUCAUCCCCUCAUUCGUCCAGCACCACCACACACACAGCAGCUUCUAGCGCUAGUCGUCAGGCCGAGGCAAUGUCCAUCACCACUGUGCUCUCGCAGCAAGAAAGGCAGGGACGUCCAGCAUACGCUCAAACUGAAGACGUCGAUGGGAUAGGCCAGGAGUCAGCCAGUCAUCCGGCUGAUGCGUACGACGAGCUGGAUGUCGAAGAGCUAGGUGUCGCUUCGUACGGAGAGGUCCCUCGUCAAGCUCAGGGCAAGGCCGAUUACGUGUUUCCCAGGCAUCGUCUGCCAACGCGCAUGCGUGACGAGUCCAAGAUCCCACUUGUCAUCGUAGCCUGCGGAAGCUUCUCCCCUCCCACUUAUCUGCAUUUACGCAUCUUCGAGAUGGCAAAAGAUCAAGUGAUCGAGGAGGGCAAGUACGAGCUCUUGGGAGGCUACUACUCUCCAGUGUCUGACUACUACAAGAAGGACGGCUUAGCAAAAGCUACGCAUCGAGUGCGGAUGUGCGAGCUCGCAGUCGAGAAGACAUCGACCUGGCUAAUGGUGGAUGCUUGGGAAUCUCUACAGGACGAGUACCAAAGGACUGCUGUAGUGCUCGACCACUUCAACGAAGAAAUCAAUGGAGGCGCCGAAGGAGGAGUCAUGCUAGCUGACGGGAGCAAAAGGAGAAUAAGAAUCAUGCUUCUUGCAGGUGGUGAUCUAAUUCAAAGCAUGGGUGAACCGGGAGUCUGGGCCGAAGACGACUUGCAUCAUAUUCUUGGGCGCUACGGCUGCAUGAUCGUGGAACGUACCGGAGCAGACGUCUGGUCCUUCCUUCUCUCCCAUGACCUCUUGUGGAAAUACAGACGAAAUCUGAACGUGGUCACCCAAGUCAUCUACGACGAUGUCAGCAGUUCCAAGAUCAGGUUAUUUAUUCGAAGAGGAAAGAGCAUACGUUACCUCUUACCUCAAGCCGUCGUUCAUUACAUGGCCGAAAAUCAAUUGGUGAGCACCUGA